AUGGAUGAUAUUUUAGCAAGAGCAAGCAAUCAGGCAGUUUCGUUCGCGAUUCGAUCAGGUAUAUCUUUGGCCUCCGGUUAUGCAAUAAAAACCCUCUCGAGGUUCUUGGAUCGCAUACCUGAAGCCAAGCAGCAUCCCAUCUUCAAGGCUAAGGAAAAGCUAGAUAGAAAGCUCAGCAGUGUUACACAAUUAAUAUCGUUGAUAAAAUUGGAGAACGUGUCGAAGAACUCCAUCUUGAAACCAACAGUCGACCUUAUUGAUGACCUUGAGAAGGAUAUCAACCAAUUCAAUGAUCGCAUGGAUCAAAUGGUCCAUUCGACUUCUCCCAUGAAUACAAAACAAACCAUUGAAGUCAUACAGAAGGACCUAUCUGAGCUUAAUCAGUCUUUAAACGAAGUCGUACCUUACAUAAAUCUAGCUCUUAAUGUGACGGGUCUAAAUUUCAAGAAUGACUCUACGGAUAUUUCCUUUAGUAGUCUUCUUCGCGCCUACAGCUAUUUGUUUGCAGUUGGUCGGCACUCUGAAGAUGUCACCACGGGUCCUGAAUUUGACUUCAAGUUCUACUCCGUCUUUUACAAUCCCAGUCGUGUGAGAUAUAUAGAGGGAGCGGCCUCUUCUGUAAGUGCCCUAUCAUGGAAAGAAGAAUAUGCUAGGUGCCGAGUCCAAUUGAUAAGGGAAUCUGCAUUUCAGUACCACAUUCAAAUAACCGAGAAUUAUGAUGAUGGAAGAUAUCACGAGGAUGAAGUGGUGCAAAGAAAAACUUAUCCUGUCAACAAUGUAUUGCGUCAAUACUACACUGCAAGCGGUAAACUUCUUCGCCUUGAAGACUCCGAUUCACCCAUUUUGGUUAUCAAAGUAAAGGGGAAAGAAAAUGAGCUCGACUACAUUGCGUUUUCACUAUAUGAAUCCAUUGAAGCCAGCCAACCAGCCGACGCUGAAGAAAGUCUAUCUGAAGAAAGUGACACGUGCAGCGAAAGCGAUGUAAAGUCGACGGGUGAUGCGAGCAAAAACUCGAGACUUCCUCGUAUCAAAAAAGAAAGCCCGAGCAAGCUCAAGGUAGACACGCAGCAUACUUUGUCCAGCUUUCAGUAUUUGCUUAGAUUAGCAGCUGUCGAAGAAAGUGAGCAAAAAGAAGUUUGUCGUGUGGAAGACGAGAAGUUGCAACAACUCCUCGGGUCUCGGGUGCAGCGUGUCCUAAGCUUUGAAAAACAAGAAAAUAACGCUGGUCUUACAGAAUCGCAACAUAACCUAGAUUUGGAAUCAAGCACCCGUCAGUUAAAAAAUCUUAGCCUUGGAUCAAAUUCUUGA